AUGCCAAGUAAAUACAUUGAAAGAUAUGACCAGGUCCCUGUAACCAAGGAAGACCUUGACUGGGCCGAACUUAUUACACUGGACCUGAGCCAGUAUGAACAGCCGGGAGGAAAGGAAGAUCUUGUCAAGCAACUUGAUCAUGCUGUUAGAAAUGUUGUCAAGAACAUAUUAACAACCAGUUCGCUCUGGGGCGGGGAGUUCUAUGCCCUGCCACUUGAAGAGAAGCUCAAAUUCCACAGCGCCAGUGACCUUGAAAGGGGUGAAUACAAUUCUUAUCGUCCUGCAGGACACCGAAUCCUAGGAAAUGGCGUCAAGGAUAAUGUCCAGGUGUACAAUCUCCCAAAGUUCGACGGUUACCACGAGCGACCCCAGCCUACUGUCCUGGCUGACAAUAUUAAAGAAAUUGAAGCUUUCAGUCGCAAAUGCCACACCGAAGUCGUUGAGAAGCUUCUCCGCCUCUUCGCAAUCCUUCUUGAAUUGCCCGAUGAAGAUCAACUAGUCCGUGAUCACCAAUACGACGUCAAGGGCGAGGAUCAUCUGCGCUAUAUGCAUUAUGCAGCCCGUAGCGCCGAAGAUAACAAGAGGGUCGGAGAGCUCUACAGCCCCGGGCACACAGACUUAGGAACAGUUACUCUUCUGUUCCGGCAACCAGUAGCCGCACUUCAGAUCCUCAAUUCGGAGGGUCAAUGGAAAUGGGUGAAGCCCCAAGAUGGGACAAUCACUAUCAACACAUGCGAUGCCUUGACCGCGCUUACUGGCGGAUUGAUUAAGUCAAGUAUUCAUCGGGUGCAUGCACCACCUGCCGACCAGGCCCAUAUUGAUCGAUUAGGUGUGCUGUACUUUGCUCGCCCCAACAAUCACGUUGCCCUUGAUCCUAUUCAGAACAGCCCCCUUCUCCAAAGGCUUGGUUUGACAACCAAUGCAUUCACCGAGAUUGGGCAGCAUCUCACGACUGAACAGUGGGUUACUGUUCGACAAACGCAGCAACAGCGAAGGAAUCGGGAUGUUAAGAUUUCUAGCGAGGGAAAGUAUACCUAUAGGCCGAAGGAUCUUGAGAUCAUCCCUGGCCUUCAGGCUGCUAUCUAUAACUAG